AGUUUUUUUCUUUCACAAUAACAUGGAAGAAGCAAGUAACUGGCUGAUACCUACUUCAAUAUUUCUCCUCUUCUUCUUUCUUGUUUCUAAAUACAUUCUUCAAAUCCAUGGCAAACACAAAAACCUACCACCAAGUCCACCUUCUCUACCAAUGAUAGGUCACCUUCAUCUCAUAAAACAACCCUUACACCAAAGCUUUCACAACCUCACACAGAAAUAUGGCCACAUGCUGUUCCUCAAACUCGGCACACGAAAAGUCCUUGUUGUCUCUUCACCUUCCGCCAUUGAAGAAUGUUUCACAAAGAAUGAUAUCACUUUUGCAAACCGUCCCACCACACUUGCCGCCAAGCUUCUCAACUAUGGUAGUAGGACGAUAGGAUUUGCUUCCUACGGCGACCACUGGCGCAGCCUCCGCCGUCUAACAACCUUGGAGCUCUUCUCUACCAAUCGUCUUGCCAUGUUUGAAAGCAUUCGUGAGGAAGAGAUUCGGUUAUUGGUGAAGGAACUCUUUCAAGAGUGCAGCAAAUGUGGUCAAACUCAAAAGUUUAAGGUAGAACUGAGGCCAAAAUUUGUGGAAGUCUCUUUCAACAUGUUGUUGAGGAUGAUAUCUGGGAAAAGGUACUAUGGCAAGGAUAUUGAUGAAGAAGGUAAAGAGUUCCAAAUUCUGAUGAAGGAGUUCGCGGCACUUCAAGCUAGUAGCAUCAAUGACUUCAUUCCAAUACUGGAAUGGAUUGAUUUUCAAGGCGUGAAAAAGAAGAUGGUGAAUUUGAUGAAAAAGGUGGAUAGCUUUCUUCAGAAACUACUUGAUGAGAUCCAAAGGAAUAGGAGCAUCAGAAGUGAUAGGAACAAUAAUAAUGGGAAACUGAAUUUGAUUGAAGUCAUGUUGGACUUGCAAGAUAAGGAACCUGAACUCUACACUUAUGAAACAAUGAAAGGAGUCAUUCUGGCAAUUCUGAUAGCUGGGUCAGAAACUUCGGCUAUUACAAUGGAAUGGGCAGUGUCGCUUCUCCUCAACAAUCCACAAACAAUGAAGAAGCUUCAACACGAGAUAGAAACACACGCAGGCCAUGAUCAACUCUUGAAUGAAUCAAACGCUUCCAAAAUGAAGUACCUGCAGAACAUAAUCACUGAGACACUUCGCAUAUACCCUGUGGCACCACUUCUCAUACCUCACGAGUCUUCAAGUGAUUGCAAUGUUUGUGGUUAUGACAUACCGAAAGGGACAAUGGUGCUUGCGAACUUGUGGACACUGCAGAGGGACCCUAACUUAUGGGCUGAUCCUACAAGAUUUGUUCCAGAAAGAUUUGAUGAUAAUGGAGAUGGUAGUAAAGUUUGUUACAAUAUGAUUCCAUUUGGUGUUGGAAGACGAGCUUGCCCUGGAGGUGUUUUGGCAAAACAUGUUAUGGGACACGCAUUAGGAGCAUUGUUUCAGUGUUUUGAAUGGGAGAAAAUUGAGGAUCAAGUGGACAUGGCAGAGGGAAUAGGGUUUACAUUGCCCAAAGCUCAACCUUUGGUUGCUUUUUGCAAGCCACGUCAAGAAAUGGUUAAGGUUCUAUCCAAUAUAUAAUUUGUGCAUGCAUUCAAGACUCUAUAUUUAGGGGGAAUAAAUUCUAUAUAUAUGUUACACAUUAUAUUUAUUGCACUAUAAUGUAAACAUUAUAAAGGCCUAAAUGCUAAAUGGCUUAAAUAAUAUAUAUUCCAGCUUCUUUUUUUUC